UUUUUUUUUUCCCUCCGGAAUAAAACAUACUGGAACUUUUUCUUCAAUUAUAUUUAAAUAGUUUGGUUAUCGCAUGGAGAAACCCAACUCCCCAGCGCAGCCUGGAUCUAACAGAGAAAGACAAAAGCAGUUUUCAGCUCCAACUGCAGCUUAACAAUCCACAACAUCGGGAAACACUGCAAGAAAAGGCAACUUGGCCUCCGGAGCCUCCACCUACGACAGAGGCAGCAAACCAGCUGCAGGAUUCUUCCUUCUUGCAGUCUCUUCUCUAAGUCAUCACACUUGCUUCAAAAUGAAGAUACUGAAAUGGACUUUGGGUGUGCUGCUGUUCCUACUGCUGUCUAUCGGGCGCUGUACAGAACCAUCGACCCUCAAUAAAACAUCCCAACGGAGGCAUCCUCGUUCCACAGACGGUGGAGAGGAAGGGAAGAAAUGUGGUUACACCUUCUUGGUCCCAGAACAAAAAAUCACAGGGCCAAUCUGUGUGAAUAACGAACCAGGUACUGGUAACAGAAAAGACGAAGUCACGAGAAUGGACAUAGAGAACUUGAAGGAUGUGCUGUCCAAGCAGAAACGCGAGAUUGACAUCUUGCAGUUGGUGGUAGACGUGGAUGGAAACAUUGUGAAUGAAGUAAAGUUGCUGAGGAAAGAAAGCCGUAAUAUGAACUCUCGGGUCACUCAACUGUAUAUGCAACUCUUGCAUGAGAUAAUCCGAAAGCGCGAUAACUCACUUGAACUUUCCCAACUGGAAAAUAAAGUCCUUAACGUUACGACAGAAAUGUUGAAGAUGGCAACGAAAUACAAGGAGCUUGAAGUAAAAUACGCAGCACUGACUGAUCUUGUAAAUAACCAGUCUGUCAUCAUCUCCCUGCUGGAAGAGCAGUGCUUGAGAAUCUUCUCACGGCAGGACACCCAUGGGUCCCCGCCACUUGUCCAAGUAGUGCCGCAGCACAUCCCCAACAGUCAGCCAUAUACUCCCGUUCUCCUGGGAGGGAAUGAGAUACAGAGAGACCCAGGGUACCCCAGAGACAGGGAUGUAAGGCCACCACCUGACCCAGCUACUUCUCCUACCAAGAGUCCUUUCAGAGUUCCACCACUGGCGUUAAUUAAUGAAGGUCCAUUCAAAGACUGCCAACACGCCAAAGAUGCUGGGUAUUCCAACAGUGGGAUUUAUAUGAUCAAACCCGAAAACAGCAACGAACCAAUGCAGCUAUGGUGUGAGAACAGCUUAGACCCUGGAGGAUGGGCAGUUAUUCAGAAGAGAACAGAUGGAUCCGUCAACUUCUUCAGGAACUGGGACAGUUACAAGAAAGGAUUUGGAAACAUCGAUGGAGAGUACUGGCUGGGACUAGAAAAUAUUUACAUGCUUACCAAUCAGGAUAAUUACAGACUACUGAUUGAAUUAGAGGACUGGAGCAAUAAGAAAGUCUAUGCAGAAUACAGCAGUUUUCGCCUGGAGCCCGAAAAUGAAUUCUACAGGCUACGCUUAGGAACAUACCAAGGAAACGCAGGCGAUUCCAUGAUAUGGCACAACGGAAAGCAAUUUACAACACUGGACAGAGACAGAGACAUGUAUUCAGGAAACUGCGCUCAUUUCCACAAAGGCGGCUGGUGGUACAACGCGUGUGCACACUCCAACCUGAACGGAGUGUGGUACAGAGGAGGCCACUACAGGAGCAAGUACCAGGACGGAAUAUUUUGGGCUGAGUACCGGGGAGGUUCCUACUCCUUGAAAGCAGUUCAGAUGAUGAUCAGACCUAUAGACUGAGGAGGAAAAUCCCACAGCGAUCAAGUAUAAACUUACCAGUGCUUGAGUUACAGAAAAAUAAAAUAUUACUUCCAAAUCAUUAUUUUGCACAAUCUGUCCCUGCAAAAUGCAGGUCUACUAUUUUCCUUUUUCCCCAGUUGCCCCCCCUGCCUUUUUUUUUUUUUUUUUAAAGAAACCUUUUCUACUGUAAUAGGCAGUGUUUUUUAAACAUGCAUUCAACACAAGCAGAUGCUCACGUUUGUGACGCGCAUUUAUCUUUGAGUCCAAAAUACUUCAUGAAUCAUUAAGGCUGGUAAAAAAAAAUUUUCCAGAUAAAUGACAAGAUAGGAGCUUUUUCACUUAAAAAGCUUACGCUUUUUCAGACCAACUCAAUCCUCAAAUGUAAAUAUGUGAAAUGACAUUGUCUUGCUUUAAUGUGAAAAUUAACCAGUUAUUUAACAAUUUAUUUAAAAAUGUCGGUAUUACUUGCAAUGAAAAUUUGACUUCAUAUUACUGUUUAAGACUUACUCCCAGAAGCUACCUAAAAAACUGAAGACAUUCUAGCUUUCCAACAGAGGGAGAUUUUGCAACAAAUAAUUAUUUCAAAGUGGUGAAUUAAACAUAAAAAAUUUCCUAAUGGUGUAAGAAUUCCCUAAGAUCUGAAUGUCAAACCUUCUGUAGAACGCUUGCACAAAGUGUUCCUAAUGAGAGAAAAAGAUUAGUUCUAUGAACACAAGACAAUCAAAUCCUUCAUCCUAUUUAAAACCAUCUUCUGAUACUUUGAUGACAAAAUGGAGAAGUCCUGAUAAUAAAAUCAGGACUAUACACUUGGAGAUUCUCCCCUGCUUCCAUCAGCAGUGACGAGGCCUGAACAGAUAUUCACAUGUUAGUUUAGAGUAGAAUCAAAUCUCACAAUAUUAACAAACGUUUUCUACCCGUCAGCCUGUAUCGUGCCAACAUAGCUUCCUGCUGACAGAUCAGGAAUCAGCUCUGAGUGUAUUCUCCAUGCCACCCCAAAACUUGUGGAUUGCUCUUGUGACAUCAGCAUUUCCCUUCCCCCAUCUGUGUAUACUACUCCAGUAUUAUCUAUAUUAAAUUUUUUGCCUUCUGGAUAUCUGACUUCCACUGGGAUUAAUACGUAAUUUGAGAAGUUGAUUAGAAAAUACUUCUCCAACCUUUAAGAAA